AUGUCCACCACGACGACAGUCGCCCCUGCGGGGAUCCCGGCGGUCCCGGGCCCCGUGAACCCGCCCCCGCCGGAGGUCUCCAACCCCGCCAAGCCCGGCCGUAAGACCAACCAGCUGCAAUACAUGCAGAACGUGGUGGUGAAGACGCUCUGGAAACACCAGUUCGCUUGGCCCUUCUACCAGCCCGUGGAUGCCAUCAAGCUGAACCUGCCCGAUUAUCAUAAGAUAAUAAAAAACCCAAUGGAUAUGGGGACUAUUAAGAAGAGACUGGAGAAUAAUUAUUAUUGGAGCGCGAGUGAAUGUAUGCAGGACUUCAACACCAUGUUUACAAAUUGUUAUAUUUAUAACAAGCCCACAGAUGACAUAGUGCUCAUGGCCCAAGCCUUAGAGAAAAUUUUUCUGCAGAAAGUGGCCCAGAUGCCCCAGGAGGAAGUUGAGUUAUUACCCCCUGCUCCAAAGGGCAAAGGCCGGAAACCAGCUUCGGGAACCCAGAGUGCAGGUACGCAGCAAAUGGCGGCCGUGUCCUCUGUCUCCCCGGCAACCCCCUUCCAGAGCGUCCCCCCCACGGUCUCCCAGACGCCCGUCAUUGCUGCCACCCCUGUGCCAACCAUCACUGCAAACGUCACGUCGGCCCCUGCCCCCCCGGCUGCCGCCCCGCCCCCUCCCGCGACGCCCAUCAUCCCCGUGGUCCCUCCCACGCCGCCCGUUUUGCAGAAGAAGGGCGUGAAGCGGAAAGCAGACACUACCACGCCCACGACGUCCGCCAUCACCGCCAGCCGCAGCGAGUCACCCCCGCCGCUGUCGGACCCCAAGCAGGCCAAGGUGGUGGCACGGCGGGAGAGCGGGGGCCGCCCUAUCAAGCCGCCCAAGAAGGACCUGGAGGACGGCGAGGUGCCCCAGCACGCAGGCAAGAAGGGCCGGCUCUCGGAGCACCUGCGGCACUGCGACAGCAUCCUCAAGGAGAUGCUGUCCAAGAAGCAUGCAGCCUACGCCUGGCCCUUCUACAAGCCGGUGGACGCCGAGGCCCUGGAGCUGCAUGACUACCACGACAUCAUCAAGCACCCGAUGGACCUGAGCACCGUCAAGAAGAAGAUGGACAGCCGCGAGUACCCGGACGCACAGGGCUUUGCAGCCGACAUCCGGUUGAUGUUCUCCAACUGUUACAAGUACAACCCCCCAGACCACGAGGUGGUGGCCAUGGCCAGGAAGCUGCAGGACGUGUUUGAGAUGCGGUUUGCCAAGAUGCCGGACGAGCCGGUGGAGGCGCCCACGCUGCCCGUGCCCGCGGCCCCUGUGGUCAGCAAGGGCGUGGAGAGCAGCCGCAGCAGCGAGGAGAGCUCCACGGACUCAGGCAGCUCGGACUCGGAGGAGGAACGGGCCACGCGGCUGGCGGAGCUGCAGGAGCAGCUGAAGGCUGUGCACGAGCAGCUGGCCGCCCUGUCUCAGGCCCCGGUGAACAAGCCAAAGAGAAAGAAGGAGAGAAGAGACCGGAAGAGGAAGGACAAGGACAAGGAGCGGCACAAGGCCAGGCCCGAAGAGGAGAAGGCCAAGGCGGCCCCGCCCGCCAAGCAGGCCCCGCCCAAGAAGGCUCCCGCCAAGAAGGCCAACAGCACGACCGUGGCUGGCAGACAGCCAAAGAAGGGCGGCAAGCAGGCGUCGGCCUCCUAUGACUCGGAGGAGGAGGAACAGGGGCUGCCCAUGAGCUACGAUGAGAAGCGCCAGCUCAGCCUGGACAUCAACCGGCUACCGGGGGAGAAGCUGGGCCGGGUAGUGCACAUCAUCCAGUCGCGGGAGCCCUCGCUCAGGGACUCCAACCCCGACGAGAUAGAGAUUGACUUUGAGACUCUAAAACCCACCACUUUGCGGGAACUAGAGAGAUACGUCAAGUCUUGUUUACAGAAAAAGCAAAGGAAGCCAUUCUCCGCGAGCGGGAAGAAGCAGGCGGCCAAGUCGAAGGAGGAGCUGGCUCAGGAAAAGAAAAAGGAGCUUGAGAGGCGGCUGCAGGAUGUCAGCGGGCAGCUGAGCAACAGCAAGAAACCCGCCAAGAGAGAAAAGUCAGGCUCCGCGCCCUCGGGAGGGCCCUCCCGGCUCAGCAGCAGCAGCUCGUCUGAGUCCGGGAGCAGCAGCUCCAGCGGAUCCAGCUCCGACAGCAGCGACUCGGAAUAA